AACCAAAACUCUCCAAUGCUGAGAAGGACCCAGCACCAAUUGUUCCUUUGAGAUUUCUACUGCAGCAAUUAAUUUCAGCUCAUCUCUUUGUGAUUAAGAAGAAAGGAAUGAAAUACUUGACUUCUGCAAUCUUAAUUUUCUUCUUUUUCGUUACAACUGCUUUUCAGACAUCUGACAAUGAAAUAUUUUUAAUAUAUAAUGAGGAUAGUAAACUGUGCCUAAUCGCUCAGAGUUCUCAUGCAGUGAGAAUAGCUGCUUGCAACAAAAACAGUGAAUUACAGAAAUUCAGGUGGGUGUCCGACCACCAGGUGAUGAGUGUGGCAUUUGCACAGUGUCUGGGAGUGCGCUACAAGCAAGACCAGGCUAAAAUUUCUUUGUAUCCCUGCAACAAAGAAAGUGAAUUCCAAAAAUGGGGCUGCAUAAACUCAACCUUGGUAAUCCAUGGAGAGAACUUAUUUCUCAGUAUUGGUAAAAGAAAAAAAGAUAAUAUUGUACUGGACUCAGGAUCAGGUACGAUGAACAAAUGGAAGAUCUUUGGAACCACGGAUGACUUGUGUUCUCAAGACUAUAAAGAUCUAUUUACGCUGCUAGGAAACUCCCACGGAGCUCCAUGCACCUUCCCUUUCCAGCUGAGUGGGAAGUGGUAUGCAGGCUGCACAGAUGCCGGCCGGUUGGACGGCUUGCUAUGGUGCGCAACGACCCCCAGCUUCGACACCGACCACUUGUAUGGGUUCUGUCCCACUGGCAGCAGUGACAAUGACAAAUUUUGGAGUAUGGAUCCUUUGACAGGAACCUUCUACCAGAUAAACUUCCAGUCAGCUCUCACGUGGCACCAAGCAAGGCAUAGCUGCAAGCAGCAGAACGCAGAGUUAUUAAGUGUAACAGAGAUACAUGAACAGAUGUAUCUAAGAGAUCUGAUUGACAGCAACAGAUCGCCUCUCUGGAUUGGAUUGAACAGUUUGAAUCUCCACAGUGGGUGGCAGUGGAGCGGUGGUACUCCUUUCAGAUACUUUAACUGGGCACCAGGAAGCCCUUCUCCUGAACCUGAUAAACUCUGUGCAGUACUAAAUCCCAGAACAGAUGCUAAAUGGGAAAACCGGCCAUGUGAGCAGAAAGUUGGCUAUAUCUGUAAAAAGGAAAACUCCACGCUGGGUCCUUCCAGUCUUCCAUUAGAGGAUGCAGAACCUGUUAAAUGCCCAGAAGGAUGGUUGCCCUAUGCAGGUCACUGUUACGUGAUUCAUAGAGAGCCCAGGGCAUGGAAAGAUGCCUUAAUGUCGUGCAAUGAGAGCAAUGGCAAUCUGGCCAGUAUCCACAACUCUGAAGAGCAUGCCUUCAUACUGUCUCAGCUUGGUUACAAAGCCACGGAUGAUCUCUGGAUUGGCAUGAAUGACUUCAGCACUCAGAUGUACUUUGAGUGGAGUGAUGAGACUCCUGUGACAUAUACCAAAUGGUUGCCUGGAGAGCCAACCCAUGCAGUCAGUGGGCAAGAAGAUUGUGUUGUCAUGGCAGGGGAGGAUGGAUAUUGGGCCGACAGUGACUGUGAUAGGAAGUUGGGCUACAUCUGCAGAAGAGAGCCACUACAGGGAGUUUCAGGAACAGUGAAGACUGAUCCUGCCUGUACAAGGGGCUGGACAAGACACGGUUCUUACUGUUAUCUAGUUGGACGUGCACCCGUAACAUUUUCAGAAGCAGUGAAAACCUGUGAAAGGAUUGGUGGCUAUUUAACAACUAUAGAAGACAGGUAUGAGCAAGCCUACCUGACCAGCUUUGUUGGUCUGAGCUCUGAGAAGUGCUUCUGGAUUGGUCUCUCCAACACAGAAGAACAAGAGAUCUUCAAGUGGGAGACUGGUGAAGGCGUUUUCUACACAAACUGGAACUCAGCAAUGCCUGGGAAAGAAGUAGGUUGUGUUGCCCUAAGGACUGGAAGUGCAGCUGGACUAUGGGACGUUCAGAACUGUGAACUAAAGGCAAAAUUUCUCUGCAAAAAACCAGCUGAAAAAAUAACUCGUCCAUUUGCUCCUGGAAAACAUUCUGAUUUCAAAUGUCCUUUGGGUUGGAAUACAAGCAAUAGCACUAAUUCUUGCUUCAGAACCUUUGUGAGAGAAAAAAACCAUAAGAAAACAUGGUUUGAAGCCAGAGAUUUCUGCAGAGAAAUAGGAGGAGAUCUGGCUGCUAUUAAUAGUGAAGAAGAGCAAAGAGUGAUAGAAGACUUAAUAACAAAGAAACCGCCAUCAUCUCAGCUUUUCUGGAUAGGUUUGCAGCGUUUGGAUCCUGAUGGUGGGCUGUCCUGGAGUGACAGAUCCCCGGUGAGUUACAUGAAAACAACUCCUUUUUACGACGAUCCAUUAGAAAACUGUGGAGCAAUCAGCAAAGAGCAUUCCAUUUCCUGGAUUAACAUGCAUUGUGAAUACAGCCUGGACUGGAUUUGUGAAAUAAAGAAAGGAACACUCUUGAAGCCAGAACCUGUCAGCCCUUCUGCCAUGUAUGAAGUCACAGAAGAUGGCUGGAUUAUAAAAGGGGACAAACAGUACUUUUUCAGCACAGAAAGUACAUCUAUGGAAAAAGCCAGAACGUUCUGCAAAAACCACCGUGGAGAUCUUGCUAUUAUUGGAGAUAAUAAUCAAAGAAUUUUUUUGUGGAAAUAUAUCUUAAAAAAUGGCAAACUGCAUUCAUAUCUCAUAGGAUUAAUCCUGAAUGCUGACCGACAGUUUAGAUGGGUAGAUGGAAGUACUUUACACUACGCACCUUGGGCACAGGGGGAACCCAACUUUGCCUCUGCUCAAGAACAUUGUGUGGUCUUAGAUAAAAAAUAUGGUUUGUGGAAUGAUGUUAGCUGUGGUCAUUCACAUGGCUUUAUCUGCGAGAGGCAUGGGAGUUUUGUGAAUGCUACACUUUCUCCAGCAGUAACUUCACCUCCCGGAGGAUGUCCUGAAGACUGGCUUUUAUUUGAAAAUCAGUGUUACAAAUUUUUUGGUUCUCAAUUUCAAUAUUGGUAUACUGCAAAUAGAGACUGUAUCAGCCUUGGAGGACAUCUGGCUACCAUACAAAAUGAACAAGUACAAGCUUUUCUCACUUACCAUUUGAAGGAUGUUUUAUACAAUCCCUGGAUUGGCUUGAAUGAUGUAAUUAGUGAACUUAACUUUGUUUGGGCUGAUGGAAGUGCUGUUUCCUAUACAAAUUGGGCUCCAGAUUCCCCAAAACUUUAUGAACCCAUUUUAUAUGACAGCCUCCAUCCAGAAGAUGGCCACAAUCGGAUGCAGUAUGACUGUGUUUCUCUGAAGAGAGAUUAUACUGAUAUAGGGAAAUGGAGCGAUGAGUCCUGUUCUAAAUCCAGCGGAUAUAUAUGCCAGAAGAACAGUGACCCUAAACUCUAUAAGUCAUCGGCAACAGCGUUGGACUUUGCUUUUGACCAUUCUGAUGGCAUUAGCUACUCUGUCAUCCAUUCCAAAAUGAAUUGGGAAGAAGCACAACAAUCCUGCAAUAGCAAUGCCUCCGAACUUGCUAGCAUUUUAGACCCAUAUAGCCAGUCACUACUGUUCUUAAUUGCACAGGAAUAUGGACAGCCUAUGUGGAUUGGUCUUAACAGCUACAUGACUGAGGGCAAGUAUCGUUGGAUUGACAGAUGGAGAUUAGUUUACAGCAAGUGGUCCAGUGGGGAACCAAAACAGACAUUAGCAUGUGUCUACCUAGAUACUGAUGGAACCUGGAAGACAGCUUCAUGCAAGGAAAAACUCUUUUCCAUCUGUAAGAAGACAGAUGUAACGGCCCCUACUGAGCCCCCUCAGCUUCCUGGAAAAUGCCCUGAAUCAAAAGGACACAAGUCUUGGAUACCUUUCCAUGGUCACUGCUACCACUUUGAGGCUGUCAGGAAAAAAAGAUGGUCUCAAGCUCAUGAGGAAUGUGCCCGACUAGCUGCUGACUUGUUAUCUGUAGGAGACUAUACUGAAGCAAACUUUGUGGCAGAAACCAUUAAGAUACUUCAUGGAAAAUCUCCAAACUUUUGGAUAGGGCUAAAGAGAGAUGACAGAGAACAAUGGGUAUGGACAGACAAGUCAGAAUUGGAUUUUGUCAACUGGCAAAUUGGAGAGCCUGCAAACAGAAUGCAUAAAGACUGUGGAGAAGUAUGUGCAUUGACUGGGUUCUGGAACACCAACGUCUGCUCUUUCAGAAAAGGAUAUAUCUGUAAAAAAGCAAAAACUCCAGAAAAGACAGAGAUGUCACCAGAAAAUAUGGGACAGAAAACGGAGACAGUACUUUCUACUGGCAUCAUAUGGCUGUUUGUUUUAUUAGCCCUUUUUAUAGUUGGAGCUGUAAGUGUAGUUUACUUCUACUUGAGGAACAAAGGACAAAACCAAAUAAGCAUCUCAGCCAGAAUGAGUGGAUCAGAAGCAGCACUGGAUAUCCAAGAAGACGAUGCACAUACCAACAAGUAGUCUGAUAAAAUAUCCUAAGUUCCAAAAAAAAAACACAAAACGAAUCUAUGCAACUGUUAGUCAAAUCUCACGGCAGUUUUGUAUUUUCCUACUCAAAUAAUAGUCUUAUCCCUUCACAGAUAAGAAGUUAAUGGAUUUAUGUAAACAUACACACAUGUAUAGAUAUGCUCUCCAAAAUGUUUCAGUUUGUUUUUUAGUAUGAAGAGUACACCUGUUUUUCACAUAAAUGAGUGUGGCUGAGAAGUGUCAGGGCAAACCUAUGAUGUUUACCACAUGAAAUUGUUUUUUUGAGUGCUUUUUUUUUUUUUUUUUUUUUGCAUAUGAAGGAAAUAAUUACUCCUAUCUUUUCAUAUUUUUUUCCUGUUGUGCUGCUUCAGUGUUAUUUAGCUUAUGAUGGGAAAUGCUGCAGCUUCACAAUUCAUUAUAGUAUCUUUUCAUUAAUGUAAAGCCUACUACCAUACUUGUCUCUGUGAGUUACAUAUCAUCUCCUUGAUAUACGAAUAAGUAAAUACAUAGAUGAAAAAUAAUUGAAAAGAUUCCUGAUCGAAACUUUGGGAACAAUUGCAUCAUUUUCUACAACCUUGCACUUUUGCAUUAAUUCUGUAAAUGUCAGCAUUUUCCCACAAGAUUCAGAUUAAUACAACAAGAGAUGAUCUAUCUGUCGGGUAUUACUUCAGUAAUUAUGCUUUCAGAAUGCAGUAUUGAUGCCUCUUUUAAAAUCUAAGCAGGUGUAAUAAAUAGCUACAUUAUAUUGCAUAAGGUUAUCUCCUAAUUCAUUAACUAACUUUCCAGUUUAGAGGAAUAAAAUCACUUCUAUGCUUUUUGAAACAAAACUCUUCCAUUCCCAUUGUAAUUUCAUUUGUUAAUGUACUCCAUUAGAUUCCCUUUCAGAGAUUUUUCAGCUGUAUGCAGUAGCAGUGUUUUCCUCCAGGCCGUCGAUCAUUCUGCAUGUUUCUUGUCCCCACUGAGUUAUGGAAACACCUUGCUCCAAGCUUCUGUAGGGCAUCUGGCAAAUAGAAGGACUCAGGAAAAGAAGCGUAUGAAGAAGCUAGAGCAAAGGAGCUUCUGUAUCUGUAAGGAGAAACAGAUGCUCUCUCAGAACUGUCUGUAAGAACUGUAGUCAGGAUUUCCUAUGUUUAAGAUGACUAACAAAAAAGUUUAAAUUCUUAUGUACAACUUAUUCUGUUUAAAUGUGGAAUAAGUUUAUGCCCCAGGAUAUACGUUUGUGUCACCUGAGCUUGAGAACACAUUUGUAUUAUGCUUAUAAUUGCCUUUUUCUCUAGAUAGCCAGUAAAAAUAAAAAUAUUAUUGUUAGCUACUUAGACAGGAAGUAGUAGCUCCUUGCUUCAGUUGUUUCAUUGAGGCAUCACAUAUUUGCUAUCAGAUGUUUUUGCCUGAGCUUUCACUUCUUCUCUUGCACUACUUUGAUGGAUGAACAUACCUUAUUCUACAGCUUUGGCUGAGUUUGUAGGGAAGGAUCUCCAAUCACAUAUACUGAAAGAUGUAUCUAGACUGUGAGACAUUUCCCUUUAUAGUAUGUCUGCAUGACUGUACUUAAUGAAGAGAUGGCGGUAAAAACAUCCACCACCAAAAAUUACAGAUUAUUUAGGGAGAUAAAAAUGCAGUAAAUCAAAAGUAAAUUCUAUAAUUAAUGUCCUUUGAACACCUUGGAAAGCCCUGAGAUAAAAACACAUAAGAAAAAAAUCCUAAAUUGAUAUAGUAAAUCCCAUAAUCCCAUCACUCCUGUGAUGAAAAAGCAGUCACAGUUAUUCUCAAGAGGAAAUAGGAAAUAACUGAGAACACUGAAUAAAAAUGGAAGGAGAAAAACACCACCUGUUUCCCACUGGGAUGACUAAAUUGUUUCUGGAUACCUGCUACAGAAAUCUGGGAACAAACAGUUACACUUGUCUUUUUGUAAGUGGAAAGAGUGAAAGUGCUUUUCCUGUUCUAUACUUAAAAGUAAUUCAGGCUGCGGAGUCUUACAGUAUAUAUGUCCAUGUCAGACAGUCCCGUAAAUUAAAAUUAUUUUUCCAAAAGAAAUAAUGCAUUUUUAGGAAACAGCAUAGAAAUGACUUAUUUUAUUCUUUUAAAGUUAUUUGUAAGUUUUAUGGUCUUUACCUGUAAAAACUGAGCUCAUAGCGUUCUGGUCACCAAAGGUGGUCUGGUCAGCACCACCUGUGUGCUCCUAGGAAGAAUCAUGGCUGGUAUCACUUCUGUGCUGGAAGCAAGAAGAGCUCAAUAAUCAGACUGCUUUGCAUGCCAAGCACCAGGGUUAUCAUUAGAAAAUUGUUUGAUGUAGUUUUUUAUGUACAACUAUUUUGUAGUUUAAUUCAACAUCACUUCAGAACAAGAAAUGGAUAUAAUCAUGGGCUAGGUAUAGAAUAUGUUGUUGAUCCCCCUGCAAGAAACUGAGAAGCUGUGAAGGCUUGCUCCUGAUUCAGAAAAGGGAAAGAGAGAAAGCAUCCUGGUGUGAACAGCAGUGGGAAUUGGUAAGGACAGAAUGAGCUAGUGCAGCAGUUUCAUGCCCACCCAAGGGACUGGAAAGAAGGCCACAGCCCUCACCAGAGCUGUUCAUGUUAAGUAGUUACUGUCAUCAUUACUUACAGUUGGCAGCAUGGAAUGGCAUUCCUACAGCAAGGACAGCCACUGGGGCAGGGAUCUGUGUGUCAGGAAUAUCCCAACUAUUCUACACCUCUUUUUUGAACUGUUUAUUGUUUGAACUGACACAUUACUGAACCCUCAUCCACAGUUCCAACACAAAAGAAUAUUGCACAAGAGGGUUGCUUUUGGUUAAACUACGUAGGACAGUCACUCCUUCCAGUGCAUUAUCUCACUGUCCAAGACAGAUGUCUGCCUGUUUCUCUUCAAAAAGACCUGUAUAUGUUAAUCUCCUCUCAGUUCAGUGCCUGGGGUAGGAAAAAAUACUGCUUAUUAUGAAUAUCUCAGUUAAAAUUAGCUUCAUCGUGGGGAAGAGAAGACACACUGCCCCUGCUGUUAAACAUCAGCAUUUAUACUGGAGUGUGGGUGCAUAACUGCUCACCUUGCUUUUACAAAUAAUUCUUGAUUUUCCUUACCAGCUUUUGAAGGAUACAUUACCUCCUCUAGAAGUACACUGUAAUCAAUUUGUGACAGGAAAAUAUCACUCAGCAAUGGAAAUAAAGAACCUUUAAUCUUCUUGUAGCCAAAGGAAAAGUUUUAUUUUGUAACUGUGGCUGCAGAAAAACUGAAAUAAUAUGGUAUUCAAAAUAUCAGAGUAAAAAUAGGAAGAAGUAUGGAAUUACAAUUCAAUUGUUGUCUCAGAACUACCUUGGCAGUUUUCUGAUAAUUAAUCUUAUCAGUUUUCCGUGCUAGUUUGGCUUCACUUUCUUACAUCCAAGACUAGUGCUAGUUAUUACUACUGCUAGAUGCUGAUAGAUUAAACUGUUGAUAGAAUGGUAAAUUUUAGUACAUAAAAUUGGAGUAGCAUUGCAGGACAUGGUUGGUUUUAUAUCUAAAAUAUAUAUGUGUUAUAUAUAUAUAUAUAUAUAUAAAAUGUGAAGGAAGGAGCUGUGCCAAACAGUGAACACUGAUGAAAGAAAGCUAUGAUAUGAUAUUGUAAAUACGGGAGAAGGAAUGGUGACCCAGAAACAGCAGCAUGUAGUCUGAGACUUAUAGGAAAUUACACCGCUUGUAAGUUCUGAAGUUAGAAUCAAAAGAACACACAACUGCUGUAAUGAUGUCAGGAAAACGAAUCAUGGGCAACUCUGACCCCAGUAUGCUUAUGCUUGUGGAAUAAACAGGAAAUGCAGAAACACUUUUUUUUCUCACUGUACAACAGCUAAAAAUAUUUAGGAUUCUUAAGAACUGAUAUCCCUUCACAAACAAUUGUUGUUACAAAUUUUAAAUAAGACAUUUUAACAGCUUCCCCUUGUUCUCUACUUCUUCACUUAGAACAAAUUUUUAUAGGGAGGAAAAAAAAUUGUGAUUCAAGACUUUUUAUAUGGUAUUAAAGAUGAUCAUAAUGUUCCUUUCUGGAAAACAGGAAGUUGUCUGAGACACGCUGCAGCUGCUGAAUUCCUGACUGCUUUAGCAUAAGACAAAAACAUGCCCAGAAAAGAAUACAGAAGAUGGAGCAUACAAAUAUUACUGCAUGUAAUCACUGCAGCUACUCCAGGAACUGACAAAUCUGUUAUACCAUCCAGCAGCUUAAAUCUUUGUUUCUGCUUUCCUUACAACUAUGCUGUAGAGAUGUUGUCUUGAUUCACUCAAGCAGAUUCCUUUUACAAGUGAAUCAUUUCAACAUUAGGAAAGAGAAGAAAUACUACAGGGAGAAAAAAAGAAACACGAGGUAGAAGAUGGUAAGAAGAGAUCAUAAAAUGAGUGAUCAAACAAUUCAUCUUGUUAUUUAUUUGUUUAUUUUUCAAUUAUGCAUGCAGUAAUUUUAAUUAAUUUUUAUUCUGCUACCUGUUCGUUUACAAUUAUUGUCAGGAAGUAUACCAGUGGAACUAUUAUCUUUGCUGAUCUGUAUAAACUGUUGUAUGUAACAGGCUGAAUCAAUGAAAUCAAUUUGUAACACGCAAGUUCAUUUAUUACAACUCUUAAAAUAAUUAAAUCAUUACCUUUUGCACAUUUCAAACAGUC